GAUAACAAGCCAGAGGAAUGUUCAGUGUGUUUUAACGAUUAUGACGACAAUCAACUACGGCCUCGCACACUGCCGUGCGGCCACACAUUCUGCUCCCAGUGUAUUGACAAUGCUAUCAAGAAUGGUCAGCUGAACUGCCCCAGCUGCCGUGCCGAGCAUGCUGUCACAGCUGCUACUCUGCUCCCAAUUAAUUAUGGUAUGGAAGCCCUUAUCAGAAAACUAAAAGGUAUCAAGGUUGUGCCAGGGGUAACAGUACCAGCAAAACCCAUUAAAACUCCUGCGAGAGGAAUCAGUAAGAAGUUACGUUCCCUGAUGCAGGAGCAGAAGAGCAUCAUCAGCAGCCUCAUUACUAGCUGUGAAGAG